AUGUCUGCCGGGCACCUUGAGAGACAGAGGUCCAUGUCCUCCAGUUCUCGCUCUGUCACCGCUGCGCUGAUGCCGAGCCCUCCCCUUGAAAUCAACAAUGACUUCGAACCCUGUGCGGCGACGGCCUCUUCGUUCCUGUUUGCACAGGGUUCGACAAUCCUAGUUUUACACCAUGAUACUCUUGCUGUUGACCGGAAAUUCGACUUUCAUACGGAAAAUAUCCUCUUCAUCGCUGUCGACAACGUCAGCGAAAGUGGUGCCGGUCGACUGGUAGUGAGUUACGAUACCAGCCAGACUGCGAUCAUAUGGGACAUUUUCACAGGCCAGGAGAUUGCUCGCUUUGCUUCGUUCGAGCUCUUGCGUGUCGCUUCGUGGAUGCGCAAUGGGAACAUUGCGUUUGAGCGUGUCUAG